UCGGUUUUGCCUCUUUAGAAUAAAGCGCGUGCAGCCCGUUCUGCUCCAAACACCGCCCGCAUGCAGCCUGCGGAGCGGCCCCACCCCUGCCUCUCUUCUGCCCGACUCCCUCAGGAUAUUUUUAGCGCUGAUGAUGCGCCCUGUCAAUUCACGUAACGGAAACUACCUCAGAGCCGAGAAACCGUUGUGGAGGGAGGCUUUUGGUCCAGUUGUAUUGGUGUGAUCUGCAAGGAAAGGCCACGAGGAAGAUGAUAUUUGAAAUGAAUUUGGUGUUUUGCAUGUUGGUGGUGCUUACCGGCCCAUCGCAGACAAGAGGUCAGAGCGGUGCGUUGCCUCCUGUCCUCACCCCAGCUGCCCCCCCGAGUCACGCUGGAAGCUCAGCAUCUCCUGACCUGACGGAGCAUCCUGAGAAUGAGCCCUCACAGUGGACAUAUAAUCCUGCAGGCGGGGAUGGAACCCCAACCCAAACCACAACUAUGACCAAGACCGAAGUGACAGUCCAUUUAGAGACUGUGACAAAUUCUUUCGGCCUAUAUCAAACACAAUCGUCCACCGCUACAUCCCUACACACCAAUGUGCCUGCUUCACUGUCAGCUGCCACAGAAAGCCUUUCAUCCGCACCGACUGUACAGAGUAGCGCCUCUACGUCGCACAUCUCCACCACGGAAGGCAGAGCCACUCUGACCACAGAUCCCUUCAACACCUUUUCAUCUCCAGCAGCCCACACAGUGCAGGAUACGAGCUCCACAGCCCACGCCUCCACCUUGCAGCCACAGUCUGAAUCACUGACCUCAGCCCCCACGCAACCCACCACCAAAGCACAGCCUCUGACCUCAGCUCCAGGCCGAGGUCCUGCUGGGCCUACACACCGAGAGGUCCUGCCUCAGCUCAAUGUUGGAGAUGAAGACCUCAAGAGACCCCGCUCAAGCUCCCCUUUAGACCCACUGCUGGCUGGCCUGCUUUCAGUGUUCAUCGUCACCACUGCUAUCGUCUUCGUCGUCCUCUUCCUCAAGUUUCGCCAGCGGACAACUCACCCAGAGUUCCAUCGGCUGCAGGAUCUACCCAUGGAUGAUUUGAUGGAGGACACGCCGCUCUCCAGAUACUCCUACUGAUGGAAGCAUCCUGUCCACGACACUCAGAGAACAAAAGCAAAGCAGACACCAAAGGAAGACCAGAGUGGAUCAAAGAAAAAACCUUUGACUGGACUUGGCUACGAUUCUGAAGAAGAGUUUUGGGUCAGUGAUAAAAUGAUAUUCAUCUGUAGUUCCAUAAAGAGGAGCAUUAGUCUUUUAAAUGGGAGAUUGUAGAUGUUCUUUUUGCCACAUUCCCUUUACAUUUCCAGAGAUCUUCAGUCUAGUGGAAACUGUUUUUUUUUUUAGUUAGUAGAGCCUCUGCACCCCUGAGUGACUCCCCAUGUAUGCACAGCACUUUAAAUCGCUUGAAUGAUUGCAGUGCCCCCUGGGGGACGUCUGAGGUAAUGUAGAUCAAGUCCUAAACAGACAACCUCAGGUUAUAUGGCAAGAAAAAAGAAAAAAAAGACAUAUGGGAUAUUUGCCAAAAUUACCACAAAAUGAUUAAGGAAUAUACAUGAUGAACCCUUAGGAGACCAAAUAGUAACGUGCACUUUUAAGCCAAAUUGCCAGGUUGCACACGUUGUCUUAAAACUAAGGUUUUGCAAAAUAUACUUAAAUGACAGAAGUGAUUUUUUAAUAAGCCAUAUCUUUGGGAAAAACAAACACAACAUAUUUUAACUUCAAAUUUGACGUGGAACAUAUUUAUUUUUGCAGCCUUUAAUUGUGUUAUUACAAUUGUGGGGGGACUUAUUUUCAUGGUCUGAAGCUGGUAUAUAAAACUUGAAUUUGAUUCGGACAAAUGUUUGGACUAAAACUAACUUAAAUUAGAAACAAGUUGCAAAAGUAAAAUAUAUAACAGUUUUUAAAACAUGUUGUAAAAUGCAUAUUGCAAGGAAUGUAUUUGUUUCUGCAAAUGGUAUUUCUUCAAGUGCUUUAAGUGGAGACAAUGAGGAAUUUUCCAGGUUUAGAUGGUUGUUACCUGUAUCUGUAUUAGCCGGAGUAGCCUAUCAAAUGUGCAGGAACUAAGCUGUUGUUUCAGUUUUUAUUACCUCGUGUGUUACUUUCCUGUUAAGUGCCAACAGUGAAGUAUUAUAAUAUGCCAUUGAAGUGUGGACUGUAAAAAAUGUAUUGAUAUUAAGUUUGAUAAUAAAACACAAACCGUGAUAUAUGG